GGGAGCCCCCGCCCCCCUUCGCGGAGGCCUGCAGCUGGUUUGCAGGGAGAACUGGAACUGGGUUCACCAGAGGGGGAGGCGGCGCGUUAAAUCCACCCCUCCCCAUACCCUGCUUCCGAGAGGGUGAGCGAUAGAGGGGAGGUUGGGGUUGGAGCAGCGGCGAGGGGGCCCCUCCCUUGCACCUCCCCCCAUCAGACUUGGUCGCGCCCAAAGUGUAACACUUUCUCUUUGUCGGAGGAGCUCCUCUGUUUCCUGUGCAGUAGCUCCGGUUGCGGCGGCGCCCGUGGCAGCCCUGGCCGACACAGAAGCGAUGGCAGCGACCGAUAUAGCUCGCCAGGUGGGUGAAGGUUGCCGAACUGUUCCCCUGGCUGGACAUGUGGGGUUUGACAGCUUGCCUGACCAGCUGGUGAAUAAGUCAGUCAGCCAGGGCUUCUGCUUCAACAUCCUGUGCGUGGGAGAGACGGGUUUGGGCAAGUCUACCCUCAUGGAUACCCUCUUCAACACCAAGUUUGAGGGGGAGCCAGCCACCCACACGCAGCCAGGUGUCCAGCUCCGUUCCAAUACGUAUGACCUUCAAGAGAGCAAUGUGGGACUGAAGCUCACAAUUGUUAGCACAGUGGGUUUUGGGGACCAGAUCAACAAGGAAGACAGCUACAAACCCAUCGUGGAAUUCAUCGAUGCACAAUUUGAGGCCUACCUGCAGGAAGAACUGAAGAUCCGGAGAGUGUUGCACACCUACCACGACUCCCGAAUUCACGCCUGCUUGUACUUCAUCGCCCCCACAGGUCAUUCGCUGAAGUCUUUGGACCUAGUGACGAUGAAGAAGCUGGACAGCAAG